AUGUAUCAUAAGGUUAUCUUCUUUGGAGUAUUUGUACCAGUUUUAUUUUUAGUAUGCAGCGAAGCACCCUUUGUUAAAAUGACAAACGUUGUCUGUGAAUCAUACAACAAAUCAUGGGCCGUUUUUCAUUAUUGUCGACUGAAGGCCUAUUCGCGCAAUAAGACCAGCUUGAAAAUAAAUGCAACGUUUUUACAUCCAGCCAAUAAUGUAUCCCUCGGAUUGAAGUUGAUGAAAAGGGAAAAUGGCUAUAAGCCAUUUCUGUUUGAUUUCACCAUCGAUGCCUGCAAGUUUUUACGAAGGAGAAAUAAUCCCGUCAUCAAGAUGUUCUAUGAGUUGAUUAGAGACGUAUCUACGUUGAAUCAUUCAUGUCCUUAUGUGGGCUUGCAGGUGGUAAGCGACCUUCACCGUAUUACAUUUCCGGUGCCAUUUCCAUCGGGAGAUUACGGACUGUUUUUAGAUUUUAUAUUCGAUGGUAAGAAGCAGUUCUGUGUAAAUAUUUAUGUUCACAUGGUAGAGGAUUUUUAA